AUGAGCUUGUCCUUCCUCCUCCUCCUCUUGCUCAGCCACCUGAUCCUCAGCGCCUGGGCUCGCGGGGAGAAGCGCCUCGUCCCCAAAGGGCAACCCGGACAGGCUGCCACUGCUAGGAACCCGGGAGGCGCCAGCAGCAGCUGGAGCAGCAAAAGCACGACGUCUUCCUCUUCUUCCUCUGCCUCCUCCUCCCCCGCGGCUUCUCUGGGAAGCCAAGGAAGCGGCUUGGAGCAGACCAGUUUCCAGUGGAGCCCCUCGGGGCGCCGGACCGGCAGCCUCUACUGCAGAGUGGGCAUCGGUUUCCAUCUGCAGAUCUACCCGGAUGGCAAAGUCAAUGGCUCCCACGAAGCCAAUAUGUUAAGUAUUUUGGAAAUAUUUGCUGUGUCUCAGGGGAUUGUAGGAAUACGAGGAGUUUUCAGCAACAAAUUUUUAGCGAUGUCAAAAAAAGGAAAACUCCAUGCAAGUGCCAGAUUUACAGAUGACUGCAAGUUCAGGGAGCGAUUUCAAGAGAACAGCUAUAACACCUAUGCCUCAGCGAUACACAGAACUGAGAACACAGGGCGGGAGUGGUACGUGGCCCUGAACAAGAGGGGGAAAGCUAAACGGGGCUGCAGCCCCCGGGUUAAACCCCAGCACAUCUCCACUCACUUUCUGCCAAGAUUUAAGCAAUUGGAGCAGCCGGAACUUUCUUUCACAGUUACUGUUCCUGAAAAGAAAAAGCCACCUAACCCCAUCAAGCCAAAGGUCCCCCUUUCCACAUCUCGGAGAAGCCCCAGCCCGGUGAAGUACAGACUCAAGUUUCGCUUUGGAUAAUUCUCAUCUUGGCCGUGAGGAACCGCGCAGUUCCCUCAAGAGUUUCCCUAGAUGUUUUUAGUGCCCUGAAGACAGAGUUUCGGACACAGCUUCAGCUCUACUACACUGCAUCGAAGCCAGGUCAUUUGUUUCAGUCUGACUGAAACAAAACGUUUUCUGAUAGGAACUGAACUGGAAUUCUUUGUACCAACAUGAAGAGCGCACUGCUUCAAUUCAGUGCCACAUAAAGCCUUUUGCUUUAUGCUUGACGCGUCCUGGUACUCUGGUUCCAGAAAGUUAAAUGAUGGGAACUAUGUACUUUUCUGACUUUUACAGGUCAACCUGAAAAAACAUACAUGGUACAUUUUUUAUUUUUGGUUUCCAAAGAAUAUUUUGAUGCAGAUAAAAAUAUUUUAUUAACUUUUGUUUUUUGUUUUUUUAAAAAAACAUACCUCUGCAUUGAGCAUAUUUUCUUACUUUUAUUAUUUUAAUUAAUAAGACAUAAAACAACCAUUUGAAUACAGUUUAUGAAUUAUAAAUGUGUUUAUAGCCCAUUUGUAACAAGUGGAUUUCCCUUUCAUUUUUCUUAUUCAUUGCACUUUUAAUUUUUAUUAUUAUUAUUAUUUUUACCAUACCUCAGAUCAUGUAAGUUUAGUUUUACAUCUUAAAAUGUUUAAAUUCUCUUCAAUAGCA